UCGUACCACGGCGAUCAAAUGUGAAGUAGGGAUUUCAAUCCUCAAUCAUCGGAGGACCAGGGUGAGAAGAAGGAGAACCCCAUGAGAGAGCUUCGCAUCCGCAAGCUCUGCCUGAACAUCUGCGUCGGUGAGAGUGGAGACAGGCUGACCCGUGCUGCUAAGGUGCUGGAGCAGCUCACAGGGCAGACCCCCGUCUUCUCCAAGGCCCGCUACACUGUGCGAUCAUUUGGUAUCCGCAGAAAUGAAAAGAUUGCUGUCCACUGCACCGUCCGAGGGGCCAAAGCAGAGGAGAUCCUGGAGAAAGGGCUCAAGGUGCGCGAGUACGAGUUGAGAAAGAACAACUUCUCUGAUACCGGAAACUUCGGCUUCGGCAUCCAGGAGCACAUCGAUCUGGGCAUCAAGUACGACCCCAGCAUCGGCAUCUACGGACUCGACUUCUACGUGGUUCUGGGCAGACCCGGCUUCAGCAUCGCCGACAAGAAGCGGAAAACAGGCCGCAUCGGUUUCAGGCACCGCAUCCGUAAAGAGGAGGCCAUGCGCUGGUUCCAGCAAAAAUAUGACGGUAUCAUCCUCCCUGGAAAGUAAAGGACCUCCUUUUGAUCCUGUUUGUAUCAAAGAAAAUAAAACCAGAAAAAUCA